GAAGGCAUGGAGCAUGAAUUUCCUGAGUUUAACAUGGAAAGGGAUCUAAAAAAUCCUGAAUUGACUAUAGGCAGAAUUUUUAGCAAUAUUUAUGAUUUUAGAGCUGCAGUUAGAAUGUAUUCAAUUUUGAAUGGAUUUGAAGUUACCUUCACUAAGAAUGACAAAGAUAAAGCUGUGGUUAUAUGUUCAAAUAAAUGUGGAUGGAGAAUAUAUGCUAGUGGCUAUAAUGGAAGCAAAGUUACACUUCAAGUGAAGUCCAUUAAAGGCGUACCUCAUAGAUGUCCAUGGUCUUUCAAGAACAAGAGUGCAAAUUCUAGGUGGCUGUCUAGGAUGUUUAUGGAGGACAUUGCUGACCAUCCGGAUAUGAAAGUAAAAGGGUUCAAGAAGAGCAUAAAAAGGAAGUAUAACCUGAACUGUACAAACUCUCAAAUGUAUAGAGCAAGAGAGAAAGCAGAGGAAGCAGUGAAAGGGUCAUGUGCAAAGCAGUAUGCAAGAUUAAGAGACUAUUGUGCUACACUUUUACAAAGAAAUCCAGGUUCAGUGGCAUUUAUUGUAACUGAAAAGUCCAAUAUUUGUAAAAGUCCAAUCUUCAAGAGAAUGUUUGUGAUGUUUACUGCACAAAAAGAAGGUUUUGUAAAUGCAUGUAGGCCUGUAAUAGGACUGGAUGCAUGUCACCUUAAGGGGAUCAUGGGAGGACAGCUUAUGUCUGCAAUUGGUAGGGAUGCUAAUAACCAGAUGUUCCCAAUUGCUAUGGCACUUGUUGAAUCUGAAUGCAAAGAUAGUUGGGGGUGGUUUUUGGACAGCCUUACUGAUGCCAUUGGCACUCCAAUUGAAAGGGGUUGGGUGUUUCUAUCAGAUAGACAAAAGGGAUUAAUUGAUUGCAUUGAGAAUAAGUAUCCUGGAGUGGAGCAUCGAUUCUGUGUUAGACACAUGUAUGCUAAUUUCAAACUGAAAUUCAAGGAUAAGCACCUAAGAGAUUUAAUGUGGGGGGCAGCCAGGGCUUAUUUACCCUGUCAUUAUGAAAGCAAAAUGAGAGAGUUACAUUUAGUAGCCCCAGAAGCACAUGCAUGGCUUAGUUCCAUACCAACUAACCUAUGGGCCAGACACACCUUUUCUCCAAGGACAAAAUGUGACCUUUUAAGUAAUAAUAUAUGUGAGAGCUUCAAUCAAUACAUUAAGGAUGCUAGGGAAGAGCCUAUUUUGACUAUGUUUGAGGCCAUUCGAAGACAGAUUAUGUGCAGAUUUCAAGAAAAAAGAGACUGGAUUCAGAAGGUGAAGUCUCAUAUUUGUCCGAGGAUCUGUCAGAAAAUUGAAGAGAGGAAAAAACAGGUAGCUCAGUUUGAUGCACUUGUGUCUACAAGAGAGGUGUAUGAGGUGACUGGUAUAGUAGGAACUUUUGCUGUUAAUGCAGUUCAAAGGUCUUGCACAUGUAAUGAGUGGGAUAUGACAGGAAUUCCAUGUGUCCAUGCAUGUGCUGGACUUGUGCAAGACAACAAAGAUCCAUAUGCAUAUGUUGAUAAUUGCUACUCAGUAGAAACAUAUGUAAAGGCAUAUGCUGGUGUUGUUAUGCCUAUGCCAGACCAAACAAAUUGGGUGAAUGUUAGCAGUGAUACAUUACUCCCACCUCGUAGGAAGAUAGCUCCAGGCAGGCCUAAGAAAGUUAGAAAAAAGGCUCCAUUGGAGGACUUACAUGUUGGAAAACUAUCUAAAGUAGGGCUGCCAAUUCACUGCAGUCAUUGUGGUCAUACUGACCACAAUGCCAGAAGUUGCAAGGUCACUGGUUGUUCAUUUGUGAGGCAAAGAAAAUCAGUGACUGCACAGAUGCAAGGGCCUACUAAACGAGGAAGAGGAGCUGGUAGAGGCCACUCUACAAAUGCUGAUGCUGCUGUUGAGAGAAAUACUGAUGCUGAUGUUGUGCAAAAUGCUGAUGUGACUAAAUCUACAACUGCAAGAGGCCCAACUAGAGCUAAAAUGAGAGGUAGAGGUAGGGGCAGGGGUAAGGGUAGGGGUUCAGACCAUAACAAUGGGCCACUAUGUGGCAUUGGACUUUGGAAUGGUCAAGGGAUAUCAACAAGUAAAACAUAUAUCCCAUUUGAGUCUAGCAUGAUUCCAAGUACUUCAAAGACUGGCCAGCCCCCUCCAAUCCAACUGUGGACAAGAACACCUACAUCUGGUGCCAAUUUGAGUUCAACUACUGUUGUUGCUCCCACCAGCGUACCAUGUACAAGUUCAAAAGCAACCACUUCAGUAACAACUAAAAGACCAAGAACCAAGUUGGGUGAUGCUAAAACUGGAAGUUCUAAAACCAAUUCAGGUGCUACUAAAACUGGAAUGGUUCAAACCAAGAGUAUUAGAUUUGGAGAUGCUGUGUUUUCUACCCAAGGAUCUUCAACUGCUGCAACUGGACGUUCAACAGUUAUGCGCACACCUGAAUGUGUUUUGAUGUGAAAUGGUGUUGCUGUUGCUAUUUUUGUCAUUACUAGUAUUUGAAGUUACCUUUGCAGCAAUGUUAGAAAUGCUGAUGUUGUUUUUCUUUUCCCAUUAUUUGGACAUGUUCUAGAAUCAUGUUUUGGCUGGGUUCUACUAAAAUGGCCUUUGUUUGGGUGGCCAUGCAGACACAUGCUAAGAUGUAAUCUGAUGUGUAAAAUACUUUUAACUUAAUAUAACUUUCUUUCAUACA